AUGUCGGGCUUCAGCCCGGAGCUGAUCGAUUACUUGGAGGGGAAGAUCUCCUUCGAGGAGUUCGAGCGGCGGCGAGAGGAGCGCAAGAGCCGCGAGAAGGGGAGUGAUGGCGAAAAUGCGUCUGCUGAAGAAAACACUGAAGAUGUAGAGGCUCCCUCUUCAUCCAGAAAAGCAUCUGGGAAAUCCCAAAGUCAGGAUGAAACUGAUGGAGAAACUUCAGACGGCGUCAGUAAAUCUGUUCAUCGAGUCUUUGCGUCCAUGCUUGGGGAAAAUGAAGAGGAGGAGGAUGAAGAGGAAGAGGACGAAGAGGAAGAGGAAGAAGAAACUACUGAGCAGCCCACAGCUGGAGAUGUUUUCGUGUUGGAGAUGGUACUUAAUCGAGAGACCAAGAAAAUGAUGAAAGAGAAAAGACCUCGCAGCAAACUCCCUCGUGCCUUGAGGGGUCUGAUGGGAGAGGCCAAUAUCAGGUUUGCUCGAGGAGAGCGUGAGGAGGCUAUUCUAAUGUGCAUGGAAAUCAUUCGACAGGCUCCUCUUGCUCAUGAGCCAUUUUCUACUCUUGCCAUGAUCUAUGAAGACCAGGGUGAUAUGGAGAAAUCGUUACAGUUUGAACUGAUUGCAGCUCACUUAAAUCCUAGUGAUACUGAGGAAUGGGUUAGACUCGCAGAAAUGUCACUGGAACAGGACAAUAUUAAACAGGCUGUUUUCUGCUACACAAAAGCUCUGAAAUACGACCCAACCAAUGUGCGUUACCUAUGGGAGAGAUCAAGCCUGUAUGAGCAGUUGGGGGAACAUAAGAUGGCUAUGGAUGGCUACAGGCGGAUUUUGAAUCUCCUCUCUCCCUCUGAUGGAGAGCGCUUUAUGCAGUUGGCUAGAGACAUGGCAAAGAGUUAUUAUGAAGCCAAUGAUGUGACCUCUGCCAUUGAAAUAAUAGAAGAAGCCUUUACUAAACACCAGAGCCUUGUCUCCAUGGAAGAUGUUAACAUCGCAGCUGAACUAUAUAUUUCUUCCAAACAGUAUGACAAAGCAUUGGCGGUUAUUACGGAUUUUGCAGGAAUUGUACUUGAAAAGAAAGUAUCAGAAAAAAGUCCAACCGAGGAGAAAAAAGCUGUGGAGAAGGUCAGCUGCUGCAUACCUGAGGGUGUUCCCAUAGACAUCACGGUCAAGCUGAUGGUAUGCUUGGUUCACUUGAACAUCCUAGAGCCGCUCAGUCCUCUUUUGACCACUCUGGUGGAACAAAAUCCAGAAGAAAUGGGCGACUUGUAUUUGGAUGUCGCAGAGGCAUUUCUGGAUGUUGGAGAAUACAACUCAGCACUGCCUCUCUUGAGUUCCCUUGUCUGUUCAGAACGAUACAACUUGGCUGUUGUCUGGCUUCGGCAUGCGGAGUGCUUGAAGGCUUUGGGACACAUGGAGCGUGCCGCAGAGAGCUAUGCCAAAGUUGUUGAUCUUGCUCCAUUGCAUCUGGAUGCAAGAAUCUCACUUUCAACACUUCAGCAGCAGCUGGGCCGACCUGAGAAAGCUCUGGAGGCUCUGGAACCAAUGUAUGAUCCAGACACACUGGCUCAGGAUGCUAAUGCUGCCCAGCAGGAAUUAAAGCUACUCCUACAUCGUUCGACACUCUUGUAUUCCCAAGGCAAAAUGUAUGGUUACAUAGACACUUUACUGACGAUGCUGGCAAUGCUGUUGAAGGUAGCAAUGAGCAGAGCUCAGGUGUGUUUGAUAUCUAGUUCCAAAUCUGGAGAGAGACACCUCUAUCUUAUUAAGGUGUCAAGGGAUAAAAUUUCUGACAAUGACGACCAAGAGACAGCAAAUUGCGAUGCGAAAGCGAUUUUUGCUGUUCUCACGAGCGUUCUGACAAAAGAUGACUGGUGGAACCUCCUCCUGAAGGCAAUAUAUUCCUUAUGUGACCUCUCCCGUUACAAGGAGGCAGAGCUACUAGUGGAUUCCUCAUUGGAAUAUUAUUCGUUUUAUGAUGAUAGACAAAAGCGCAAGGAGCUGGAAUACUUUGGGCUCUCUGCGGCGAUUCUGGACAAGAACUUCAGAAAAGCGUACAACUAUAUCAGAAUCAUGGUAAUGGAAAAUGUCAAUAAACCUCAGCUAUGGAACAUAUUCAAUCAAGUUACUAUGCAAUCUCAGGAUGUCCGUCACCAUCGCUUUUGUCUCCGCUUAAUGCUGAAGAAUCCUGAUAAUCAUGCAUUGUGUGUCCUAAACGGGCAUAAUGCAUUUGUAUCUGGCAGUUUCAAGCAUGCUCUUGGACAGUAUGUGCAAGCCUUUCGUGCAAACCCAGAUGAACCUCUCUACAGUCUUUGUAUUGGCUUGACUUUCAUCCACAUGGCUUCUCAGAAAUACGUGUUGAAAAGGCAUGCUCUUCUUGUACAGGGAUUCUCCUUCCUUCAUCGGUACUUGGACCUGCGAGGACCAUGUCAGGAGUCUUUCUACAACCUUGGCCGUGGCCUUCACCAGCUGGGAUUACUGCACCUGGCAAUCCACUACUACCAAAGAGUCCUUGAACUUCCUCCUCUCACCUUAGAGGGCAUAGAAGCUGAUCAGACAGACUUGAGAAGAGAUACUGCCUUUAACUUGUCGCUUAUUUAUCAGAGCAGUGGAAAUAUGAGAAUGGCUCAAAAGAUGUUGUAUACUUAUGCAGUUGUAUGAUUUGUGGCAGGUGGAGUUCAUACUUUGUGUAUCAACCUUUGCAUUAUGCAGUGCUGGGGCUGCCUGUUUUAGGUAUAGCUUUUUCUGUAGGU